CCUCGGCCGUAUGGCACGCCGGGUGCUCUCUCAGCGUGAGCGAAUAGUGAUGGUCCGCUGCAAUGUUUGGGUAGUGUUUUUUUCGCAGGCAGUUCUCACAGUGCCUAUCAUCUCUGGGACUGAUAACCUGCCGCUACUACUCCCACCACAACGCUGCCUGUGCCCCAAUGAGGAUUAUAUAUGCGAGGUGACCUCUGGAGUAGGAAUUGUAUGGCGAACAGUUACAAUCAAUGGGACUGGAUUGUCUGUAAUAAACGAUGAGGACACACUUUAUAUUGAAGAAGGUGGCUUCCAAAUACGUUUUGUAAGAAAUCUAGGCAACUUUACAUCAGUUCUACAUGUCAGCAACUUGAAUUUGAAUGAGACUGACAUCACUUGUGAGGGUAUUUACUUUGUUCAAAUCAGUAGACUGAGAUUGACUAACACUACCAAAAUAUGUAUAGCAGGUCCAGCCUCCCCUCCCACUAGUCUGUCAGUGGUGUGGGACUCACCAUCAGCUGUGGUCAGUUUCCAGUCUCCAGUGUAUGGUGGAGAAUGUGUGGACUAUUAUGUGGUCACUGCUGUCAGUGGAGAGAGGAAUGUCUCUUGUAAUGCCACUAGUGAUGGUAGUGAUAGAAACUGCAGUAUUUAUCUCGGUGAUGGCAACGUCAAUGACUAUAACUUCACUGUCCAUGGUGUUACUCGUGUCAAUGAUAGUUUUGUCUACAACGGAGACAUUGCCACUGACUGCUAUUUGUCAAUUCCAGAGAAUGUAAGAGCUGUUGAAGAGGAAUGUGGUCGUAUUAAUGUCACCUGGAAGAGCAGCCAUAACAUGACCGCAGUAAACACAACCAUCAGUUGGGGUGGGGUCCACAGCAGUGGAGCCAGACACUAUGAGAGAGGUAGUUCUGAAGACUCUCAUCUACUGACAUUAGACUACUCUGAGACUGGACCAGUGGAAAUUGCUGUGACAUUCUCUAGUGCUGUCUGUAACAAAACCACUACCAUUACACUUAACAGAAAAAGAUGUCUAACUGCAAGUGAAACAACUCCAGUCCCAACCCCUGGUGGUUUUGAAUUCACAUGCCCUGUUGUGGAGGAGUGUUCAUCGACCUCAUACACGGCAGUUGGUGUAGGUGUGGCUGGAGGAGUGGUAGUUGGACUUAUUUCUGGGAUAGUCGGGACAGUCACUGUGUUGUUGGUUAUCAUGAGGAAGAGAGCUUCCAAAGGAACCUCCAACAGAGACACAGAGCUGAGUGCAACAAAUGUGGUUCGUGAGUCUCGACCUCCAGCAGUGGUGUAUGAGACAGUGAGUGAUGUGGUGACACCCACUGGUCCAGACACCAGUGAGAACGUGGCUUAUGGAGUCUCUCACUCUCUACCCACCACCACACAACACAACCCUGCUUAUGGACACACCACUCCAAACCAAUGAACCUUGCUUGAUCCCCUGUGUGCUACUAGCUAUUGUUUGUGAUUGCUUAUCGGUUUU